AUGAAAAAUCCAAAAGUAGAUGCUUUAUUUAAGCCAUUAUAACUUGGAGAUAUUUAAAUUGAAAAUAGAAUAAUUAUGUCGUCUUUAACUAGAAUGAGAUGUGAUAAAGUAACAAAGUCUCCAAAUGAUUUGGUGGUCGAAUUUUAUACUUAAAGAGCCACUGCAGGACUUAUUAUGACAGAGAGUACAUUUAUAAGUGAGAGAUCUUAGAGUUGGCCUGGGUGUCCUGGAAUAAUGGAUUAAGUUUAAGUAGAAGGUUGGAAGAAAGUCAUAUAAUCAGUUCAUAAUAAAAAAGGGAAAAUAGUAUUAUAAAUUUGGCAUAGUGGACGUGCUACUCAUUCAUAAUUAUAAGAUGGUCUUCAACCUUGGGGACCAUCUGCGAUAGAAAUCAAUGGCCCGCAUUAGAUUUUAAAUAUUCCGCAUGAAAUUCCUCAUGAAAUGAAUUUAGAAGAAAUUUAAUUAGUUAAAAACCAAUUCAGAAAAGGAGCAUAGUUAGCUAAAGAAGCAGGUUUUGAUGGGAUAUCACUACAUGGAUCUAAUGGUUAUUUGAUUGAUUAGUUUUUAAAGAGCAAUAGUAAUAAAAGAUAAGAUGAAUAUGGAGGAUCCAUUGAAGGUAGAUGCAAGUUUUGUUUGGAAGUGAUUGACGAACUGAUAUCAGUAUUUGGGAAGGGAAGAGUGGGUAUCAAGGUAUCUCCAAUUGGGAGAUUCAAUGAUAUGUAUGAUAAUGAUCCAAUUAAACUUUUCAUUUAUCUAUUUUAAGAAUUAGAUAAAAGACAAAUCGCAUUUAUAGAACUAAUGAAUGACAAGGAUGAGGAAAAUGCUUACAAUCAUGGUUUACCUUCAUCAUAAUCUUAAACUCAAAAUUUAUUUGAGCAAUUAAGAAAUUCCUUCAAAGGUGUAAUAAUAGGGAAUGUUGGCUUAACAGGGGAAACAGCUUCUCAAUUGAUUGAAGCUGGAAUAAUCGAUGCUGCAAGCUUUGGAAUGUCUUAUAUAUCUAAUCCUGAUUUAGUGGAGAGAAUUAGAUAUAAUUUUCCUUUGACUGUAGCCAAUCCAGAUACAUUCUUUGAAGGAGAUCAAGUUGGUUAUAUUGAUUAUCUCCCAUAUUAAUAAUGA